ACGGGACGGGACUUGCCUCUCGAGGCGUAGUGAUGUGUGUAAUGUAAUACCGAUAUCGAUAGACGUUGUGACAAACAUGAUGACUAUGGACGUCGGGAUGUACAACAAUCAGCAGAAUGGGUACAGCGCCGAGUACUACCAACAGGGGGCAGCUUACCAACCCCCGUACGAGUACCAUGAGGGUUAUUACGAACCUACCCCCUACUUCGAACCUAUAAUUCACAACCAAGCGCAUGAGGCCGCCCCAGUGAUAGCUACAGACACGGGUUUAUGUUACACAAAUUUGGACUAUGGUGAACUGCAGCAAAACUAUCCCAUUCAUCCUUUACCACCUCAUCCCGAAGCUUUCAAGCACAGAGAGGAGCUACCCAGACCUGAGGAAAUGCAUAUGCAUGAGCACAAACUAGACAACCAUUACUUGGAGACCAAGUACAAUAUGCAUUUUGUGGAUGACUCGAGCAUGCAGUAUAACCAUGCCGGGUCCCCGCUACCUUGUGGUGAUUUCGACCCUUAUACACCUAAGGAUGAAUUCGGGGGGUUAAGAGAAGGCUUUCCAAGAGAGGGGGAUAUGCAGAGUCACCACCUGGGGCACCAGGCGCACUCAUCUCACGCGGCCGUGCCUACUUAUAAGUGGAUGCAAGUUAAACGGAAUGUUCCCAAACCUUCAGCGCCCAAACUGAUGAUCCCGCCAACGGACUUCGUGACUCAAGGUGUGCUUGGGAGUCCACAGGACGGCCUGCGCACCCCGACGGGCAACCAGAUGUUAGCCAACCCCCUCCUCAACCUAAACAAUACAGGAAGAACCAACUUCACGAACAAACAACUAACGGAACUCGAGAAAGAGUUCCAUUUCAACAAAUAUCUCACCAGAGCGAGGAGGAUAGAAAUAGCGUCCGCCCUGCAACUGAACGAGACACAAGUCAAAAUAUGGUUCCAGAAUCGACGAAUGAAACAAAAGAAGAGAAUCAAAGAAGGUCUCAUCGUGGCGCCCGAAGUAGCACCCUCCACUUCCCAUCCUAACGCAGUAGGCUCAAAUGAAAACAGUCGCGAGUCCAGCUAAACAAUACUAGUACAACUUUUGUGUUACAAGACUAUUUUCGAAGUGUUUUUGUGUUUUAGGGAUUUUUGUUUUAAUCACUACUGUAGGAUAUCGAAAAUUUUAUCAAUCGAUUAGCAAUAAUGGCCAAUGGUAAAUAAUAAAUUUAACUUUCAAAGUUAUUACGAGUUCGAGAUAGCUUGCAAGUACAUUUUAAUAUUAGGAUCAAUCAAAAUUGUAGA